AUGUUGCACCAUCUGCUGGAGAGCCUUGGGAAUGCAACUCACUACUCUUUUAUGAUCAGUGUAGUGAGAAAUAAAAAUUUGAAUGAAGCACUGCAUGAAACAUUUUUACUGUGCUUUUGUUGCUGGAUCCAUCUAUGUCACAGAUACCCAUCAGUUGUAAAAGGAAUGAAUGCACUCCCACCAGAGGACCGUCUGCUGAAGUUCCUAGUUGAUAACUCUACUGAUGACUGUGAAGAGACAGUCCAGUGUGCCAACUGUGACCAGCAGAGCAACAAACAGGAUACAGGGCCAAUGUACUACUGUAACACGUGUAGCCAGCCCCUGUGUGGAGCUUGCAGGGAUUCCACACACAAGGCCAAGAUGUUCUCCCACCAUGAGAUUGUGUUCCUGGCCAAACGCACCAAAGUGUGCCACCGGAUGUGCUCUCUCCACGAUGAGUCCUACAUCAUGUUCUCCACAGAGAAGAAGUCGAUGCUCUGCAUCAAGUGUUUCAGAGACAUGCAAGUAGAGAGCCGGAUACACUGCAUUGAUAUUGAGACAGCAUACAUGCAAGGCUGUGAGAUACUAGACCAGGCAGUGCUGGUAGUGAAGGAGCUGCAGACAUCGGCCCGUGAGGCUAUUAUCAUGCUGAGGGCCAUGAUAGGGGCGGUGGGCUCCAAUAUGGAGGAAGAGGAGAAUGCAAUCUGCAACAUCUUCACCAGUAUGCAGGAAAGACUGGCUGAGAGGAAGAAAAUUCUGUUGCGAGCGGCUCAAAGCCAACAUGAAGAAAAGGAGAAGGCGCUAAAGGAGCAGCUCUCACACCUUGCUGCCCUCCUGCCAACCCUGCAGGUUCACCUGGUCACCUGCUCAGCCUUUCUCAGCUCAGCCAACAAGUUUGAGUUUCUGGACAUGGGAUAUCAACUAAUGGAAAGGCUGAGGAGGAUUGUGAAGCUCCCUCAUCAACUGCGACCAGUGCAAAGCAGCAAAAUUAACACAGGCUACAGGGUUGAGUUUGCUCGCUGUCUGGAGCCCCUCCUGCUGCUGGGACAGCGCCGCCCAGCCUCCAUUACCGGAGUAACUAGUAUUGCAGCCCUGCUCCAUUCCCCCUUCUCCAUGUCGUGCCGCUCCCCGUCCCUCAGUGACAUGCCCCUGGGCUCGACCACGGGGAGAAAGUCUACCUCCCACCGCUACAUCUGCACCAAGGUCCUCCUGGCAGAGGGGGGCGACACACCCUUUACUGAGCACUGCCGCAACUAUGAGAACAGUUACAGGACCCUCCAGACUGAGAUCCAGAACAUGAAGGACCAGGUACAGGAGCUACACAGGGACCUGACCAAACACCACUCCCUCAUCAACACAGACACCAUGGGGGAGAUCCUGGACCGCUCCCUGCACAUCGACGGACAGAUCUCCUCCCAGUACUCCUCUGUGGAGACCAUGAGGGCUCUGUUUGAAGAGAUUUGGGAGGAUACCUUUCAGAGGGUCACUAAUGAGCAGGAGAUCUAUGAAGCACAGCUCCACGACCUGCAGCAGCUGAAGCAGGAGAACUUGUACCUGACCACCAUCGCCCGACAGAUUGGACCAUACAUCCUGUCUAUCGCCAAGGUUAAAGAGCGCCUAGAACCAAGAUUUCAGGAGCCCAAAGAGCUUCAUGAUGACCGCACAGAAACCAUGCUGAAAAUCUACGAGGACACCUCUAUGGCCAUGGACGCACAACACAGUGAAGACCACACCUGUCCCACUGACAGUGACUGGGAAAAGAACAUGGACAACCGCUCCCUUAUCAUACAGUCUGAUGAGGCUUCCAUCAAGACCAAUGACUACCAUUGGCCAGGAAGGCAGACAGCCAAUUACAAUGAGAUGCCAUUAUAAAGCAGAAUGUUACACUUUCCCCUCCCCCCUGUUUCCUGUGUGGCCUCCAGCUCAACACAACAGGACAGGGACAGCAUGUGACAUUAUCCUCUGUUCAGAUAGUCGCUCCUGACAUUUCAUGGUGACAUUUCUUGGCAGGGAGGUGUUGUCAUCAGCUCAGAGGUGAGUCCUUAGACAAACAGGUCUCAGAGGACUCCACUGACACUCACUGGACUCAAUGACUAACAAACUGGAGUCAAUGGACUCACUGAGAGGGCGGUGAAUCCCCUCCAAUCUCACUUGUCAAUGUGAAAAGAUCAAUCUGAUGGACCAGUAGAACACCUCAUUAUGGACUGAAUGGAUGGAGGAUCUGGAGUUUUAUGCUGAGGAAGUGACUGUGACUACCAUGUCUCAAUCAACAAUGCAUGGUUUUAGACCUGCAAUAACAUACAGAGGGAGAGUGCUUCCUCAGUUGAUAUUUCUAAAAUGGUCUUAUGUUGUUAUGCUGUGUUGUCCUGAAAGGGCUAUUCGUUUGAUUGUAUGGUUCUAAAACCAACGGUUGUAUUUGUAUCAUAUGAUCACUAGUUAUAUACAGCACAUAUUGGAAUGUAUCUGGUGAUGUAUGGCUUGUUGGUCCUCAUCCUCAGGUCAUAGAUAGUGUUGGUGUGACCUCAGUAAAUACAACAUUCGAAUGUAAUUGAUGCACAGCAUUAAUCAUGGAGAAACUGGGUGAGUAUUGUCAGUGUGGUUUCCUUAAAUUACCCAAGAAUAUGCAGUAAAUUGGUGAAGCCGAGCUUAUGUGAGGGAAGCAAUGGCAAAAAUGUUGCGUCAGGCGCUGCUCCAGAAUCUCCCAUGUGUUCAAUUAGGUUGAGAGUUGGUGACUGAGACAGCCAUGGCAUAUGCUUUACAUCGUUGUCAUCCCCAUCAAACCAUUCAGUGACCACUCGUGCCCUGUGGAUGGAGGAAUUGUCAUCCUAUGGGGGCAUAGCCAUGGUAACCGCAAUACCCCAUAAUGACAAAUGCGAAAAACAGUUUUUAGAAAUGUUUGCAAAUGUAUAAAAAACAGAAAUACCAUAUUUAGAUAAGUAUUCAGACCCCUUGCUAUGAGUCUCAAAAUUGAGCUCCUGUUUCCAUUGAUCAUCCUUGAGAUAUUUCUACAACUUGAUUGGAGUCCACGUGUGUUAAUUUAAAUUGAUUGGAGACGAUUUGGAAAGGCACACACCUGUCUAUAUAAAGGUCCCACAGUUGACAGUGCAUGUCAGAGCAAAAACCAAGCCAUGAGGUUGAAGGAAUUGCACAUAGAGCUCUGAGACAGGAUUGUGUCGAGGCACAGAUCUGGGGAAGGGUACAAAAAAACAUUUCUGCGGCACUGAAGGUUCCCAAGAACACAGUGGCCUCCAUUAUUCUUAAAUGGAAAACGUUUGGAAACCAGCAAGACUUCCUAGAGCUGGCCGCCCGGACAAACUGAGCAAUCGGGGAAAAAGGGCCUUCCUCUGUUGGGAUGAGAGAACCUUCCAGAAGGACAACCAUCUCUGCAGCACUCCACCAAUCAGGCCUUUAUGGUAGAGUGGCCAUACAGAAGCCACUCCUCACUAAAGGCACAUAACAGCCCACUUGGAGUUUGCCAAAAGGAACCUAAAGACUUUCAGACCAUGAGAAACAAGAUUCUCUGGUCUGAUGAAACCAAGCUUGAACUCGUUGGCCUGAAUGCCAAGCAUCUCGUCUGGAGGAACCCUGGCACCAUCCCUACGGUGAAGCAUGGUGGUGGCAGCAUCAUGCUGUGGGGGUGUUUUUCAGCGUCAGGGACUGGAAGACUAGUCAGGAUCGAGGCAAAGAUGAAUGGAGCAAAUAACAGAGAUUCUUGAUGAAAACCUGCUCCAAAGCGCUCAGGCCCUCAGACUGGGGUGAAGGUUCACCUUGCAACAGGACAACGACCCUAAGCACACAGCCAAGACAACGCAGGAGUGGUUUCGGGACAAGUCUCCGAAUGUCCGUGAGGGGCCCAGCCAGACCCCAGACUUGAGCCUGAUCGAACAUCUCUGGAGAGACCUGAAAAUAGCUGUGCAGCAAUGCUCCCCAUCCAAUCUGACAGAGCUUAAGAGGAUCUGCAGAAAAGAAUGGGAGGAACCUCCCAAAUACAGGUGUUCCAAGUCUGUAGCGUCAUACCCAAGAAGACUCCAGGCUGUAAUUGCUGCCAAAGUUACUGAAUACUUAUGUAAAUGUGAUAUGUUUUUUAUUAUUUAAUAAAUUAGCAAACUUUUCUGAAACUGUUUUUACUACGUCAUUAUGGGGUAAUGUGUGCAGAUUGAUGAGGAUUUAAAAAAAAUCUAUUUUAGAAUAAGGCUGUUACCUAACAAAAUGUAGAAAACGCCAAGGUGUCUGAAUACUUUCCGAAGGCACUGUAUGUGGAAGUAUCUGCUGUCAAUAUACUUUGAAUCGCUCAUUAAGUGUUUUCAUUAUUGUGUCAGUUACCUAUAAAUAUUUAUCUGGUGUAAACACUAUUCCUUAUUUGUCUUUUCCCAUUUUCUUGUAUGUUUCUUUUUUUGUUUGUCUGUUGAAGACAUGUCCAAACAAAAACGUAUUCCCAUAUUAUAAGAAAGUCGUUGCUUCACCAGUAAUUAAUAUCCCCUUUGUAUUGUGGAUUGAAGCAGGAAUGACCUCUAUGCAGGAAA